AUGAAGUCUGGGGUGUACACGUUCCAGGCGCACGGCACCAUCUACCACAACGUUCAUUCCUUCAGGCCAACAUCCCGUCCGGAGCAUCUACAGUUGUACUUCUACGACUACGACCCAGGCCUAACCCAUCGCAAGGCUGCCACCAAGCAAUUAGACCAGUAUGUCGUCAGAAAGUUAGUGGACAUACUCGGGGAAAACCCGUACUCCCAACAGUUUAGGAGUUUGGGUGCGCACAGGGACAACCUCGACGAUUACAGGAUAGACCUCAACACUGACGAGAGACUACGCCAAUGGAAGUAUAAUAGACCUCUGUCAUCUGAGGUCGUUGCAAUUUGGGUGGAGAGCACUGACCUAGCGAAGAGGUUCGAUCAUAGGAUUACACUUUACGGGAACGACAACCAGAGGCACAUUAUACAUGUGAUGGAUGGCUCGUAUGACCCGCUCUCUUACCCACUCUUCAACCCAAGGGGGAGCUCGGUUGGCACCCGAAACUACCUAAACGUGAUGUCCCUUGGCCAGUUGUGCAACAACCAAGAGGGAGACAUGAUGAUGAUGAGGAGGAGGACGCAGAGGGGAAUAGCAGGUGGCGACCGCGACAUGAAGCGGAGGCAUAUGGAUGCCAUGGCAAUUGUCCAUACCUACGGGAAGCCUGACAUCUUCUUGACCAUGACCUGCAACCCUAACUGGGAAGAGAUAACGAAUGAGUUGUUUCCUGGUCAGACAGUGCAAGACCGACCUGAUCUUGUGGCUCGUGUGUUCCAUGGCAAGCUAGAGGCUAUGAAAGAGAUGUUGUUCAAGAAGAAUAUCCUGGGUGUUGUUGUCGCACAUGUAUACAUAGUCGAGUUCCAGAAGAGGGGCCUCCCCCACGCACACUUUUUGUUGGUCAUGGAUUCUGCCUAUAAACUUGUCAUUCUGGAGCAGUACGACCGACUCAUUUCUGCCGAGCUCCAAGACAAGAAGAAGUAUCCUGAACUCCACGCCUUGGUGGUGAAACAUAUGAUGCACGGACCAUGCGAUGCUCUCAACCCCAAAAAUGUGUGCAUGCAACAGAACGAGUGCAAGUGCAGAUACCCGCGGCCGUUCAAUGAAAACAUGGCACAGGGCAAGGACUCAUACCUAGUUUAUCGUCGUCGAGAUGAUGGUCGGCAGGCUAAGGUCCAGAGUAAAAUGUUGGACAACAGAUGGGUUGUGCCGUAUAACCCUUACCUUCUGCGGAUGUUCAAUUGCCACAUCAACGUUGAGGUUUGCUCCAGCAUAAAGGCCGUCAAAUUCCUUUACAAGUACAUAUACAAGGGCCAUGAUAGGGCUUCUUUCAGCAUCGGCCAGCCCAACGCCAAUGGUAACAUUGAUGAGAUCAAAAGAUACAUAGACGCGAGGUGGGUUACUCCUCCAGAGGUGAUGUGGAGGAUAUUUGGCUUCCCCUUGUGUGCCAAUGACCUGCCUGUCAUAUAG